CAACAAAAACCAAACCCAAUUCCAUCUUUUUCUCGAUACUUUAUUAGAAUCCUCUCUCAAAUGGAGGUGUCUUUAGCUUUGCAAACCAAUAUAGGAAAGUUAGAUUUCUUAUCAAAAGGGUCAGAAAAUUUGUUCAACAAGAGAUAUACGAUUUCGUGCAGAGUGAACAACCAUUGCAACUCCAUAAGAAUCGAAAGAGAAACUAAUUUCUAUGAAGUACUAUCACUUGAUUCAAGCAAGAAUGUUGGUUAUGAAGAUAUAAAGAAAGCUUAUAGAAGAAUGGCUCUACAAUAUCAUCCGGAUAUUUGUCCCGACCCUUCAAGAAAACAAGAAUCAACGGAAAGAUUUGUCGAGCUUCGUAAAGCAUACGAGACGCUUUCAGAUCCUGUUUCGCGUUAUAAUUAUGAUCAUCAACUUGGUUUGUCGGUUGGUAUUCACCAUGAUUCAGCAGUUAUGCAUCCAUCAAAAUUUACAAAAGAGGUUUGGGAAAAUCAGCUCUCUGGUCUCAAAAGAAGGUCUCAGAAUCGAAUGCAAAGGAAACAAAAGAACUCACGAAAUUAAAUCAGGAUUCUUAUUUUUUUUCCCCUUCAUUUUUUCUCUUAACAAAUUGUUCAAGCUUUGCAACACCUUGUAGGAAACAAUUAUCUUGCUCAUUCUACACCACAGUACUCACCGGUGCCUUGGAGUUGUAGCAUUUUGGUGUCCUCUUGAAGUUAGCCGCUUCUGAUUAUACAUUAAAUUUUAUUUUACGAGUUUUAAUUUCUAUAA